AUGCCAGCUAUGAAGUUGAAGGAUGAAAGCCUGCUCUGAGGUCAAAGCUGGCAAUUUUCUCUUUUUUUUUCUUUCCUUUCAUGGAGAGAACAAAUUCUCUCCAUAACCUUCCCCUUAUUAACGUUUUCUCCAUUCUUCCCCUCUCUCUCCUUCUCUCUCCCACUCACUUUCCCUUUUCCCACCGUUUCUUUCUCUAAUUUGCUCCUCAUACAUAACAUAUAUGUAUAUAUGCAUGCUUCGGGAGCAAGAAAGAAAAGAGAGAGGGAGAGAGAGGGGUUAAUGGUUGAUUGAUUUUAUUUCUUCUUCAACAAGGAAAAAGUGAACUAAAAACAACCAUGGCCGUUUCUCCAUGUUUGAGUGCUAAUGAUCAGAAGAAACACUGGUGGGUUAGCAAUAGAAAGCUUGUAGAAAAGUAUGUUAAGGAUGCAAGGUGCCUUAUGGCGACGCAAGAACAAAGCGAGAUGGCUUCCGCUCUUAAUCUUCUAGAUGCGGCAUUGGCUCUGUCGCCCCGUUUCGAGAUAGCUCUGGAACUGAAGGCCAGAUGUUUGCUGUAUCUGAGACGUUUCAAGGACGUUGCUGACAUGCUUCAAGACUACAUUCCAAGUAUCAAGAUCUCCAGCGACGACUCCGCCUCCCUUUCCUCUGAUAACUCCUCCCAACCCCUCUCCAGGGAGCGUGUCAACCUUCUCCCUCCUCCUAACUCCCAAGACCCUUCUUUCAAGUGUUUCUCUGUCUCCGACUUGAAGAAGAAAGUUAUGUCUGGGUUAAGUAAAAACUGCGACAAAGAAGGGCAAUGGAGGUACUUGGUUCUAGGCCAAGCGUGCUGUCAGUUAGGCCUAAUGGAGGACGCUAUGGUUCUCCUCCAAACCGGAAAGCGUCUAGCAUCCGCCGCAUUCCGCCGUGAAAGCAUCUGCAGGUCCGAUGAUAGCUUCUCCCUCCCUAUCACUAUUACUACAUCAGACAUCUCCUCUGCCGCCACAACGCCUCCCUCUACGCCUCCACGGAAUCCCACAUCUCUCUCUGAAUUCCAAAACAUUUCCCAGCUUCUAUCCCAUAUCAAAUUCCUCCUCCGCCGUCGAACCGCUGCCAUUGCCGCUUUAGAUGCUGGCCUCUACUCCGAAGCCAUACGCCAUUUCUCCAAGAUCGUGGACGGCCGCCGUCUCGCCCCUCAGGGCUUCCUCGCAGAGUGUUAUAUGCAUCGAGCCUCUGCUUACAAGGCAUCGGGUCGGAUAGCUGAGUCAAUCUCCGACUGCAACAAAACGCUUGCUCUUGACCCAGCUUGCAUCCAAGCGCUCGACACCAGGGCCUCACUUUUGGAAACAAUACGCUGUUUACCUGAUUGUUUGCACGACCUUGAACACUUGAAACUACUUUACAAUUCCAUCUUGCGGGAUAGGAAGCUUCCAGGGCCUGUCUGGAAGCGUCACAACGUUAGGUACAGGGAGAUUCCAGGGAAGCUUUGCGCAUUGACCACUAAAAUUCAGCAGUUGAAGCAAAGGGUUGCUUCCGGGGAGACUGCAAAUGUCGAUUACUAUGCAUUGAUCGGUUUACGUCGUGGGUGUUCAAGGUCUGAGCUUGAGAGAGCUCAUUUGCUGCUUUGUUUGAGGCACAAGCCGGAUAAAGCUACCAACUUUAUCGAUAGUUGCGAGUUCGCUGACGAGCGUGAUGUUGACUCGGUCAAAGACAGAGGCAAGUUGUCGGCUCUGCUUCUUUACAGAUUGCUUCAAAAAGGUUAUUCCAGCGUCAUGUCUACAAUUAUGGAUGAAGAAGCGGCUGAGAAGCGAAGGAAGAAAGCUACAGUUCAAGUGCCACAGACCCAAAAUUCUAGCUCUAAAUUGGAUCCUGAAUCUACUCUCGCUUAUUCAGUAAAUUCAUCAAAUGCCUCGGAUUGCGAUGGGAGGGCUAAUCCCAGUGAAAACGAAACAACAUCCAGUACAAACGCGUUUCAAGGUGUAUUUUGCAGGGAUCUUGCAGCAGUUGGGAAUUUGCUAUCACAAGUUGGGUUUAAUCGUCCACUUCCAAUGAAAUAUGAGGCUCUCAGUUGCUGAUUCUUUCUUACAAGUCUAUUGUCUGGACAAGAUUAAAAAGUUGCUAGAGAUGAUUACCUGCAGGAGAAUCUAUGCCCCAUUUUACCUGUUUGUACAAAAAAAAUAGUAAAAUUUUAUCCUGCCGGAAAUUUUUGUCAUCCUCUUUCUUCUUUUUUAUGCUUAUCUACCACAUGUACAGAAAUGAUCAUUACUCAAUUUCUACUUUUGGUUGCA